AUGGCGACGACUUCAGCUUUCAAAUGGCCAUGGCAAUACGAUUUUCCGCCGUUUUUUACAAUCCAAAAAUCGCUGAACACAAAAGACAAGCAACUGGAAGCAUGGGCUCGUUUGGUCAUCGACUACGCUCAACACAACAAAAUCUACUCGUUGGACAUUGCCGAAGCGACGACUAGUGAACUAUUCAAUAAUCAGAAACUCAAUCGCCGCCUCUCCACGGAUGGUGUCAACACAGUUCUACAGUAUCUGGAGCAGAAAAAACUAAUCGAAUUCACCGACAACGGCCGAACUCGUUUCCACAUCUUCUGGCGUCGUCCCGAUGUUUGGGCGAAUAUGAUUUAUCAAUGGGCAGUGGAGAAUGCGUUCCUGAAUACACCAUUGACACUUUAUGAGAUCACACAUGGAGAUGACACAACUAAUGAGUCAUUCCACAACCUGGAGCGUGAAAUUCUGAUGAAGGCGUUGACGUGUCUUGAAGACCAACGACGAGCCCAAUUGAUGAAUAUCGGUGGAGACAACGAAGGCGUCAAAUUUGUCUGA